AUGGGAAAAACGCAAAUAUGGGAAGAACACAAAUAUGGGAAAAACGCAAAUAUGGGAAAAACGCAAAUAUGGGAAAAAAGCAAAUAUGAGAAAAAAGCAAAUAUGGGAAAAAAGCAAAUAUGGGAAAAACGCAAAUAUGGGAAAAACGCAAAUAUGGGAAAAACGCAAAUAUGGGAAAAACGCAAAUAUGGGAAAAACGCAAAUAUGGGAAAAACGCAAAUAUGGGAAAAACGCAAAUAUGGGAAAAACGCAAAUAUGGGAAAUGGGAAAAACGCAAAUAUGGGAAAUGGGAAAAACGCAAAUAUGGGAAAUGGGAAAAACGCAAAUAUGGUAAAUGGGAAAAACGCAAAUAUGGUAAAUGGGAAAACCGCAAAUAUGGGAAAUGGGAAAAACGCAAAUAUGGGAAAAACGCAAAUAUGGGAAAAACGCAAAUAUGGGAAAAACGCAAAUAUGGGAAAAACGCAAAUAUGGGAAAAACGGAAACAUGGGAAAAAUGCAAAUAUGGGAAAAACGCAAAUAUGGGAAAAACGCAAAUAUGGGAAAAACGCAAAUAUGGGAAAAACGCAAAUAUGGGAAAAACGCAAAUAUGGGAAAAACGCAAAUAUGGGAAAAACGCAAAUAUGGGAAAAACGCAAAUAUGGGAAAAACGCAAAUGUGGGAAAAACGAAAAUGUGGGAAAAACGCAAAUAUGGUAAGAACGCAAAUAUGGGAAGAACGCAAAUAUGGGAAAAACGCAAAUAUGGGAAAAACGCAAAUAUGGCAAAAACGCAAAAAUGGCAAAAACGCAAAUAUGGCAAAAACGCAAAUAUGGCAAAAACGAAAAUAUGGCAAAAACGCAAAUAUGGCAAAAACGCAAAUAUGGCAAAAACGCAAAUAUGGGAAAAACGCAAAAAUGGGAAAAACGCAAAUAUGGGAAAAACGCAAAUAUGGGAAAAACGCAAUGAUGGGAAAAACGCAAUGAUGGGAAAUCGCAAUGAUGGGAAAAACGCAAUGAUGGGAAAAACGCAAUGA